CUAACCUACUAUAACUGCUGUCCAAGCUAGCUUACGGCAACUCCUUUAGCUGCUUGAAACAGCAUCUUCUGUUUGUCGAUUUUUAUGCUAUAAACCACCUGGAUCGUUGCCUGUCUUCCGUUGGAGAGCUUCCUUUGAUGGGAAUUAGCUCCAGGAUGAUUCCUACCGAGGAUGCGUCCGCCAGGAAGCGAGAGAUCGAGGAGAAACUGAAGCAGGAACAGGAAACUCUGUCAUUCAUCCGGGAGAACCUGGAGAAGAGCGAUCAGCUGACCAAAGGCAUGGUUUCCAUCCUGUCCUCGUUCGAGAGCCGCCUGAUGCAGCUGGAGAACUCCAUCAUCCCAGUCCACAAGCAGACGGAGAACCUGCAGAGACUGCAGGAGAACGUGGACAAAACUCUUUACUGCUUGGACCACGUCAUCAGUUACUACCAUGUGGCCAAAGACACCGACAGGAUCAUCAGAGAGGGACCUUCAGGCAGGCUUGAUGAGUACCUCGUCUGCAUUGCAAAGAUCCAGAAAGCUGUGGAAUACUUUCAGGACAACAAUCCUGACAGCCCUGAACUCAACACAGUGAAAGCUCGCUUUGAAAAAGGUAAAGAGCUUCUGGAGGCGGAGUUUCGGAGCCUCUUGUCCCGCUAUAGUAAACCCGUUCCCCCCGUCCUGAUCUUGGACGCCAUUACUGUGGAUGAAGAAAUUGAUUUGCAGGAAGAAGUGGUUCUGGAGCACCUGCCUGAAGCUGUGCUGCAGGACAUCAUCUGUAUUUCCAGCUGGCUGGUGGAAUACGGACGCAAUCAGGAUUUCAUGACCGUCUACUUCCAGAUCCGAUCCAGCCAGUUGGAUCGCUCCAUUAAAGGCCUAAAGGAACAUUUCCGCAAGAACAGCGCCUCAUCUGGUAUCCUGUACUCACCGGCCGUCCAAACCAAACGCAAGGACACGCCCACCAAAAAGGCUCCGAAAAGGCCAGUCUACAUCCCAGGGACCAUUCGCAAGGCUCAGAACCUUCUGAAACAGUACUCACAGCAUGGGCUCGAUGGGAAAAAGGGGGGCUCUAACCUGACUCCUUUGGAAGGUUACGAUAAUGACCUCCGGGUCAAACUCCACUCUGAUGCUCUGAACGAGAAGCACGCCGCCACAGGGAAAGAUGAUGUCCUGGACAUUGAGAUCGACUCGUACAUCCACUGCAUCAGUGCCUUUGUUAAGCUGGCUCAGAGCGAGUACGCCCUUCUGACAGAAAUUAUCCCUGAGCAUCACCAAAAGAAGACCUUCGACUCCCUGAUUCAGGAAGCACUGGACAACCUCAUGAUGGAGGGAGACAACAUUGUGUCUGCGGCCCGCCGGGCCAUCAUGCGUCAUGACUACUCGGCAGUGCUCACCAUUUUCCCCAUCCUCAGACACCUGAAGAUGAACAAGUCCGAGUUUGACUCGACGCUGCAGGGAACGGCUGCUAGCACGAAAAACAAGUUGCCUACUCUCAUUACAUCCAUGGAGACAAUUGGAGCCAAAGCGCUGGAGGAGUUUGCAGACAGCAUCAAGAAUGAUCCUGAUAAAGAGUACAACAUGCCCAAAGAUGGAACAGUCCAUGAGCUGACCAGCAACGCCAUCCUGUUUCUGCAGCAGCUGCUCGACUUUCACGAGACAGCCGGAGCCAUGUUGGCAUCCCAAGUUCUGGGGGACACUUACAAUAUCCCUCUAGACCCCCGAGAGACAAGUUCAGCUAGCAGCUCCACCUCAGACUUCAACAAACGGCUCCUGAGCUCCUAUAUCUGUAAAGUUUUGGGAAACCUGCAGUUGAACCUCCUCAGUAAAUCCAAAGUUUACGAGGACUCUGCUCUGAGCGCGAUUUUCCUGCACAACAACUACAACUACAUUCUCAAAUCGCUGGAGAAGUCGGAGCUGAUCCAGUUGGUCAAUGUUACUCAGAGGAAAGCAGAGAAUUCCUACAGAGAGCUGAUGAAACAGCAGAUCGAUGCGUAUCAGCGCAGCUGGCAGAAGGUCCUGGACAACCUGACGGACAGAAACAUGCCUGUUUUCCAACCCGGUGCCAAGCUGAGAGACAGGGAGCGACAGGUGAUUAAAGACAAAUUCAAGGGCUUUAAUGACGGAUUGGAGGAGUUGUGUAAAAUCCAGAAAGGCUGGGCCAUCCCAGAUAAGGAGCAGCGAGACACCAUCCGACAGUCCCAGAAGAAAAUAGUCUCUGAUGCUUACAGAGCUUUCUUGCAGAGAUGCACCAAUAUCUCCUUCACCAAGAACCCUGAGAAGUAUCACAAGUAUCGGCCAGAGGAGGUGGAAGAGAUGAUCGAGAAGCUUUUCGACACGUCUGCCUGAUGCACAGCUCCACCUGUCUUCCUCCCCCCGCUCAGAAAUCCUCCCUCCUUCAGCCCCCUGGCACACCAAUCUCCUCCCUCUUUGAAUCUGAAUGUUUUCUAUCAUCUAUUUAUCUAACUUUGCUUCUCUAAUGUCAUGUCUCUGAUUAAUAAACACUAAAUCAUCCUGGUU